UUCAAAUCAAUACUUUUCCAUUGAAUUUAUACAUCUAUGCUUUUCAGGAUUUUCCAGCAUUACCAUGGUUUCUAGGAUUUUGUUUUGGAAACACAGCUCCAGAAGAUUCAAUUGUACACAGCUGUAAAGAUAUUAACGAAAAUAAUCUAAAUGAAUUGGUCCAGUCCCAUCCAGUUCCGUAUGCUCACGUGAAAAGUUUGGACAAGCACCUCACAGAGGACAGUAAGAAAGCCAUAGCUUUGAAAGAGAAGAAAGUUGACACAUUAUUGUGGUAUUAUGAAAAUUUGACCUGUUCGUCGUUUGAUAAAGUUUUGAUGGAACGGUUAAAUGACGGCGAAAAAGUAACAUUGGCAAAUGGCAAACUGAUGGAACGGUUAUUGAUCCUAAAAAUGGCCAGAGAGGGUAUAAAGGCAAACCCAGAAGAAAUAUAUUACACGUGGGAUUGGGAUGCUCAGCCAAAUGGGCCAAGCCAAGUUAAUCAGGAAAAUAUAAUUGAUGAAUCGAAAGCUCCGUUUUUAAACUAUUUGAUCGCUCAAGCUGAUGAAAAUAUCAGCAACAUCAGUUUACCACUUGAAGAGCCGAUUGUUAUAGUUGGUGAUGCUUCAGGGUCAAUGGAAGUGGCUAUCAAAACUAGUGUUAUAAUUGCUGGAAUUUUAACAAAAAUUACCUCUGCAAAGUUGGUUUUCUUCGACGAUCACUCUAGAGAUGCCCCUUACCUCCCUGAAAAUGUAGAACAAGUUUUAAAUCUAGCACUGUCCACAAAAGCGGAUAAUGCAACAGCGCCAGCUGCUAGUCUUUAUCCAUUCUAUAAGAACAAGGAAAUUGUCAAAACAUUUAUCAUCGUGACAGAUGAAGGAGAAAAUGAACAGUGUGAGGAAUUUUGGUUUGCAGAGUUAUUUGAUAAAUACUACAAAGAGGUAUUCCCAGCUAGACUUGUCUUUGUGUCAUUUUUACCACAACACAGCGAAGGUCAGAUGGUAAGAGAUCUCAAGGAAAAGGGAUACAGUCCACUCCAGUUUAAACUUGAUGACAACAAACCAGACUUAACUAAACUGGAUAGUCUUAUAGCUUUAUUGUCCUUGGAGACUACAGACUUUGAUGAUGAGGUCUCGACAACAGAACAAAAAAUUAAAUUAAACGGACUAUAUUCUGUGUUUUCAGAAUUGGAUAUAAAAUGAAAUCAUAGAUUGUAAAUUUGAAAGUAAUUCAUCAGAACAAUGAAACAAUUGUUGAGAGCCUUCGUGGUUGGUCUUGUAAGGUUUAGUAGUGUUUCCUUAUACUUAACAUUCAUACUGUGGCAAUAUAAUGGAUGUGAGUAUUAUAUACACGGAAAGAAUGAGGAGAGGAGUUUAUCUGACUAACAAAUAGUCUAUGAAAACGACUGGAAAAAGUGCAACAUGCUAAUACACUUUGGCAAGCAAUCGUCUCAUUUCCAGUAAUAUCAUUCGUUGGACAUUCAGUCAUCAAUGCAAUUUGCGAUUAUGUUAAGUUGUGAAGUUAUAAAAUAUACAGCUGUUACAUUUUUAUACAAAAUACUGAAUAAAAAACUUUCCGUUCUCUAA